AGAAUGUUUUUUGAUCAGUCGAGAUCGCGAGGGGUGUGUACACGGUCCGUGUUCGCGGCAGGUGCUCGCCAACUAAACUGACUAGCCCGACUGAUUCGGCCGCCGAAACCGACACUCGACCGUCACCAUGGAUCCGGAAGCAUUUCUGGACCUGGCCAACCAGGUCACCAAAUUGAAAAUGUUUCCCUACUUCGACAUCGCCCACUGUCUGCUCUGCGCCCUGCACGUCCGUGAAGAUCUCGGAGCAGGUGCUCAGCAGUUCUCCAGGAAACACCCGCUGUCAUGCUGGCUUUCCUACAUGCUGGUAGUUUUUGCCGGCGGAAUGCUCUGCAAUGGACUGCUCGGAGAACCGAUCUUGGCUCCACUCAAGAACACCCCUCAGAUUGUGGUCGCCUCUGUUGUUUGGUACUUUGUGUUCUACACACCGUUUGACAUCGGCUACAAAAUUGCCAAGUUCUUGCCGGUCAAGCUCAUUUGUGCCGUCAUGAAGGAGGUGUACAGGUGCAAGAAAGUGUACGACGGAGUGACCCAUGCUGGCAAGUUGUAUCCCAAUGCCUACCUAAUCAUGAUUCUUAUUGGCACUCUGAAGGGUAAUGGUGCCGGCUUUGUAAAACUGAUCGAACGCUUGAUCCGUGGUGUCUGGACCCCCACAGCUAUGGAAUUCAUGCAGCCAUCCUUCUACACCAAAGCCUGUCUGGUGGCCUCUGUCAUUUUUGUGCUGGACAGCAAGACAGACCUGAUCUCGGCUCCUCAUGCUCUCGUUUACUUCGGAAUUGUCAUCUUCUUUGUAUACUUCAAGGUCUCGUCGGUGUUGCUGGGAAUACAUGAUCCAUUUGUACCGUUUGAAAACUUAUUCUGCGCUCUCUUCUUCGGAGGAAUAUGGGACUCCCUGCAAAAGGUGCUCGGACGUGGUGGUGCUCCCAAGGACGGGGAUAAGGCUGAUUCUAAGAAGAAAGACUAAAUUCUUGCCUCUCACAAUCAACUAAUUUGAUUUAAAGUAACUAAAAAUCACAAUUUUGAAUUCUGGUCACAAGCAACCAAUUCUUGCCAAAAAAACAAAAAAUAAUAAUAAUGUCACACAUUUUACAAUUUUCUGCAUAACAAGGAAAGCUCUAGUCUGUUUUUGAACGACCACCUGAGGCCAUGUUACUCUGGUCGCCAAGUCAAAAUUAAAUUAUUUAUUUGAAAAAUUGACAUUGUUCACCAUCCUUAACUCAUUUUUGAGUCAUGAAGUAUUCUAUGUGUAUAAAAAAGAUCACAAAGAGAGCAAGGAGCGAUUUGAAAGAGGUGGAUUUUGGGAUCUGUCCCACUGAACAUGAAUCAUCUUUGCUCUUCUGCUGAAACUUUGUAUUGGGUGUGGAAAGUGUGUGAAUGAAAGUCCUUGCAAAGGCAACUUGCAAAUGAAGCAAUUCAUCACAGCCUUGCUUCAUUCGCAAAAAUUUUAUUGCUUUCGAGUGUGUGUUGUGUUUAUAUUUUGUAACACCAAUACCACAGCUGGAACCAAAA